AUGACGCUGGGGCGGUGGAGCAGGCGGUGUGCACGUGUUGCUGCAUCGUCCGAUCAUUUCACCAACGGUCCACCGUUAUCUGUACAAGAAGUUCUGCUCUAUUCGACAGCGCUUAUCGUGAUUAUCAAUGGCCCACUGGAGAGAGGAGUACUCCGCCGCUUUGGCGGCUCGCGAUCGACGAGAAAAAGCCAACGUUGCUAUCUUAAAUGCCUGUACGCCUUGGAGGGACAGCUGUGUCUGGAGCGUAAUAUUCCUACGCGGUUUCUCAUACUCACUGACAAACCAUCCAUUGCUACAGAUACACAACUUGCCGAUCGGACCGGCCGUAUAGCAACAGCUGUCAAUAGCACCCAAAGCUCUGCCCCGACAGAGAGCCACAAUGAUAUUCCCCAAUCCCUAGUGCCAGACCCCAAGAAACAAGGUGUAGCGUCGUCAGGACUUUCUCUCCCGGAUGCUUUAGCUGCAGCGCGCACAGAUCUAUCUGAGGCGCAACGGUCCCGAUCAGAGCUACAGGAUCGGCUUACUCGCACAACGGCCGAGCUGGAGAAACUGCGAAAACGAGGCUCGCAGGACACACGUCGCAUUAGUGCACUAGAGAAAGAAGUUGCUCAGUCGCAACUACGACUGAAGGACAGGGAUGAAGAGUUGAAGGGGAAAGCUAAAUUGCUAGAUGAUUUCCAAGAUGAGCUUGCAUCUCUAAACCUGCAGCUCAAUAUGGCCGAGGAGCGGUCAAACCGGCUACAGAAGGAAAACCAGGAGUUAGUCGACCGUUGGAUGGCAAGGAUGGGCAAAGAAGCGGAGGCGAUGAACGAAGCCUCGCGAUUCUCAUGAUUUUUACGAGAUUUUGUGACAGCAGAAACAACUCUUAUUGUUUCUAUAACACUCUCAGACCGGGGUAAUAUUGCGGGCUUCCUCGAGGCUAUAUCCAGAUCUAUAUCAACCUUUCUCUAUACCAUAUUCAUGAUACCCACUUAUUCACCGAUUCCCGAUGGCGCGCAAUUCUAGCAAUGCAGUAUCUUGUACGAUGUGCCACGAAAACCCAGAACAUAUCAGGAGAGGACAGAAGGGGUCCCUGGGCACAACAGGUGAAGAGCCGAAAACAGACAUCCCAAAGAAAUGAAGAAACCAUGCCAACAUUUAUACAAGAAUAGUGGUAUCAUAUCUUCGAGACAAGUAGCUAUUUCCAAAAAGAAACAAGAAAGAGGAAAUAUAAGAAAGAAAAAGGUAAGAAUAGGGAAAUAAUACAUCGAAGAG